AUGGAACCGGAUCGCAAAGAAAAGUUUCUCACAACGGAACUGGUGAGCAGAAUCAUCCAAGCGAACGACACGCUGCAGGGCUAUCGACUCGCGCCAGAUGGAGGUUGUACACUAACCACACCCAAGGGUCUGGACGGGUUCAUGUCCACCAUACACCGGCUAAAGUUGAAUCUCACGCACUCCACCACGGGGGACAGAAAAAGUCUCACGCUUAUGGUGAAAGUGAUGAAAGGUGACGACGCGUUCCGACAAAAAUCCCUCGGACUCGUACUGUUCCCAAACGAGAUCAACGUCUACUCGCACGUCAUACCGGUUUUCAAGCGGUUGGUACAAGACUCGGGUUCGGCUCUGAUCGAUGAACUCCAGACACUAUGCCCACGUGUCUACCUCGCGGAAUCCGACGUGCGUUAUCCGGCUUACAGCGAUCAGGUGGAAACGUUCCUCGUCAUGGAGGAUGUCUCGGGUGAUGGGUUUGUGCCAGGACCACGGCUUAACCUGGACCAGCUUCAUCUAGAGCUGAUGGCGCGCAAAAUCGCACAGUUCCACGCGUGCUCGUACGCGCUACGCCUCGGUGGACAUUCCGACCGAUUACGCCAGCUAGUGGAUCGAAUCAUCCCGCUUAACUUCAUGCAAGACGGGAAGAUCUUCUUCGAGAGCUACGACGUCGUGUUCCGGGUUGUGUUCGAGCGGUUGUUCCGCUAUCUCAGUGAGCACUCUCAUCUGCUCGAAACAGACUACGUACGGACGCGAGUCGAAGCAUUACGCGACCGGUACGGUUCCGUGCCAUCGGAGUUGAUGCAGCGAUUUCUGGCCCGAGACGACACCUACUCGGUCAUCCUGCAUGGAGACUACAAUCGCAACAACGUGCUGUUCCGCUAUGAGAAUGGUCUGCCGCAGGACGUGAUGUUGAUCGAUUUCCAGGAGAACCGUUUCGGAUCACCUGGCCUCGACCUGUCAUUUUUCAUGUACAUGAACAUGCCACCGGAAGCGUGGGCCAACGGUGGCUGGGAUCAACUGCUCGCUGUCUACCAUCGGGAGCUAUUGCGAGGCAUCUGCGAGAUCGUGCGGCUCAAACCGGAUGAUCCGCGACUCAAACCGUACAGGUGGGAUGCAAUGAAACUGCACCUACAGAGCCACUUCCUGUACGGCGCCAUUAUCGCGAUCAAGUUCCUGCCGUGUAUGCUCGCAAGUGAACCAGAGGUGGAGCAAAUCGUGCACUACUUUCACAACAACAUCCUGGCGGACGAGUUCCGCCAGAUUUACCAGGUGGCAGGAGGUGAAACCGUGGACGAUCGCAUCUCGAAGGUGAUCAUACACGCGGCCCAACAGGGCUACCUUGAUAUGGUGCUGAGUUGAGUCACCGAUCAUGCGAUAAAACAACAUGAUGUGGCUGCAGGAUAUUUGUUCGAGUUCCAGCUAAAACGAAUGCCUUCGGUUGCUUUUCGUGACUAUUUUCAUUUUUUACGCGCCCCAUUUCGAUACCGUUUUUCAAACCGUUCCAUCCACCAAAUUGCCGGCCAUCAUUUCUAGCCUCACCUGCCACGCGA